AUGAAAGUUAAUGCCAAGUUAUGUGCGCAUGAAGGGAAGGACUUGCAAGAUGGAGCAAUGUACCGACAGAUGGUUGGUAGUCUAAUUUAUCUAACAUUGACUCGAUCAGAUAUCUCGUAUGCAAUUGGUGUAACAAGUCGGUAUAUGCAACACCCAAAGAAACCUCAUUUGGAAGCAGUGCGACGAAUGCUGGGGUAUGUCAAAGAUAGCAUUAACAAUGGUCUCCUAUAUAAGAAAGGUGACGAGGUUAAGAUAGUUGGAUACUGUGAUGUUGAUUAUGCUGGAGAUCAUGAUACCCGUCGAUCAACUACUGGGUAUGUAUUCAAGCUUGGAUCUGGAGUUGUAUCUUGGUAUAGCAAAAGGCAACCAACGGUGUCCUUGUCAACCAUUGAAGCAAAAUAUAGAGCAGCAGCAAUGGCAGCUAAGGAAAGUACGUGGUUGAUGCAACUAAUGAAGGAUCUACACCAAUCUACAGACAAUGCAAUGUCGCUUUAUUUUGAUAAUCAUUAUGUUAUUCGCUUAGCAGAAAAUCUAGUAUUUCAUGCAAGGACAAAGCACGUGGAAGUGCAUUAUCAUUUUCUGAGAGAAAAAGUGCUUCAAGAAGAAAUAGAGAUGCGACAAAUCAACACAGAUGAUCAAGUUGCUGACAUAUUCACCAAAGGACUAAGCACAAUCAAGUUUGCGAAAUUCAGAACUCAACUAAACCUCGUCAAACGAGAAGAAGCUUAG